AUGAGGCUUCAUCUUUAAAUAAUCAUAUUCCUAACGAAAUAUCAAAUGAAGUUUUAACUUCAAAUGAUAUCCUUAACAAAACAUCAAAUAAAGUUUCAACUUCAAAUAAUCCUAUCCCUAACGAAUCAUUUAAUGAAGCUUCAACUUCAAAUAUUCAUAUCCCUAACGAACCAUCUAAUGAAGCUUCAGCUUCAAAUAGUCAUAUUCCUAACGAAACAGUUAAUGAAGCUUCAGCUUCAAAUAAUGAAGCUUCAACUUCAAAUAAUCAUGAAAAUAAUAGACUUGUAAAUAAGAGAAAAGAAGCACUUGAAUCAAAGACCUUAGAACAAGCAACUCACUACUUACAGACUCUAAUUAUCUGA